AUGGAGUUUAUGAUCGACUUUUUGUGUCAGAUUACCGAGACCGAGCCGAAGACGGCGAUGGGCGGGACCCGCCCGCAGUAUUGCUCGAAGAACAUGGCGGAACAAGCCGACAAACUAUCAGUCUGGCAGCAGAUGGGCUUGAUUUUUCAGCUCUACUUCCGCAAGCGGUUCUCAGGUGGCGCCAUGAACAAAUUCCUGGAGGUCACGGGCUCAGGCUCUGGGACGGCCCGAUAUGGAGUCCGCCGAGGCGACGCUGCUAUACGCGAAGGACACGAAAUACGAGUCAAAACGAGUCCCAAGAUCUCUAGACUACAACAAUUCGAGAGCGGUCAGGCACAGUCAAGAUAG